AUGGAUUACACUGAAAAGGUUAAUAACAUUGUGGCUACUGCCCAGUUUGGAGAUUUGAUUGAGUUUGCUUACCCUGAGAGAUGGCCCUACCUCAAAUGGUACUCACACUGGGGUGUAUAUGAUGGAGAUGGAUAUGUGAUUCAUUUUGCUGCUCCAGAUGAAGGAGAGGUGAUGAAAAGGUUCCGCAACCUCUUGAGCCUAAUGCAGCUCCCAUUCUUUGGAGACCUUCUUCUGGGGGAGACCAAAAUACGUAGGCAGCUCCUCUCAGAUGUGAAAGUGCCUCGAGGUGCUAAUGUCUCAAUCAGCAAUAAUCGUCAUGCUCGCAGACCAUCUGCAGAAGCUGAAAUGAGACAGCGGCGUGAUGCCUUACUGGACAAGGUGCUUAAGUACGAUCUUCUCACACUAAACUGUGAACACUUUGCCACCUUUGUACGUUAUGGUGAAUCUAUCUGUAAUCAGGUUCCAUUCAGAGCAAAAAAUACUGAACUUAAAGAAGCAACGGAAAAGUUCAAACACCUUUCAUCAUAG